AUGACACCACCGACACUGUCGCGGAUCCCCAGGGAAGCCACCUUCGCCGCAGAUCCCCACAGGCCGCUGCUGCCCCAGCUCCAAAGGGUUGACGCCGCUUCACAUGCUCUGGUGCGGCCCGGUGUCCAACAACCAUUCCGAGGAACCGAACUCGCCACUGCCAGUGUUCGCCAUCCUCCAGCAAGCGUGCCGCCGUACAUGGACGUCCUCCCAUGGGCAAGCUCCGCCCCUGUUGCAUCGUCCACCCAUGCCAAGUCCUCCUCUUUGCCAAGUGCCGCUAAGCUCCGCCAUGUCUUAGUCACUUAUCUUAACAAGCAGCGUGAAGGUGCAGCUGCAGCCGAAACAGCCAGACACCAUGGUUUUGUGGCUUUGAAGCUACACAUAAGUUGGGGAGAACGUGUACCAUCAGUGGUAGUGAACAAUAUACUGCAGCAGAAUUUAGGUUCUUCUGUUGUUGCUUGUAUAAUAGGUAAACAUACACAAGGGAAGGAGGAAACAUAA